AUGGACAAAGCACGGACCGGAAUCAACAGUUCGGAUUUAAUUAAACUGUUUGUGAUUCUCUAUUGUUCCCUUCUAGUCAAUAGUUGUGAGAUAGACAAAAGUAAAAACCGUGUUAUCGCCUUAGACGAAGAGCUCAAAAACUAUGUUGAUAAAGUGUUUAGUGUUAGAGAACUGAAUAUAGUGCCCGGCGUCAAAAUCGAAGAAAUUAAUGAUGUUCCGGAAAAUAAUCGAACAUUUACAACAAGCUGCGAUACCGGCCGAAGUUUGGAAAGUCUGGAAGCUUAUGUUCAUAGAAAAAUUGAGCAAUUCUCUACAAAUCACCUUUUAUCAGUGAAUUUAUCAGAGACGGCGAGGUUCUUUUCAGCAGGUAUUCUAAGUGCAGAGAACUCUGCCAAGAAUUCUUUACUAACCAGCUUCGGUGUGGGUUUUUUUGUUUUUGCCCUGAAGAAACUACUGCUGCCAUUCUUUAUAGGUGCCCAGUUGAUUAAGAGCGUGAUCAUUGCAAUGCUUCUACCAUCCAUUUUGGGUGGUCUUGGAAAAAUCGUCGGUAAAGGGCUGUCGACUUUCUCGGGUAUAUCAGGAGCUUCUUCUGGACUCAACCAACAACCCCAAAACCAAUUAGAAGAUUUCGAAUUUAAAGAUAUGGAUCCAUACGAAAACGAUAUUAAUGCUGGACAAUCCUACAAUAUUAAAGCUGCUGCAACCAACAAUCAACUGGCUGAAUUGGAAUCGACCACAAAUGGAAACGGAAUUAGAAUAGGGACAUCAGCCAACCAGAGAUUUUCAUUUGCGACACCUUUAAAUGAUAAUUAUUACUUGAGAAGACCUAAUAGAAAAACCGAUUACAAAGUUUUCCACAAAAUUCCGUCAUCAUCACUACUACUCACCAGCUACGAUCCGUUCUAUAGCCCAUUGUUGUCCCGACUGGAUGCAAUCUUUCAACAAUUAGGCUUUGGAAACAGUAAAUCUUCUAACACCGAAUUGUGUCGGGAAAGACUCAUUUGUUUGAUGUACGCCAAUCCUGCCAAGUAUGCACCUUACAGCAAUUUAGUUUCAGCACAACUUAGCAGGGAACUGAACGAGCUGCGUAAACCUUCGAUUGACAAUCCAGAAAUUCUCAGAUUUUUCCGUUACAUGAAAGCUGCUAAAAAUGGUCAAGACAAAGAAGAAUGUGAAAGUUAUAGAGGAUGUCCAUCGCUUGCUUCAAAUAAACCUAGUCCAGCCAUGAUCACUACAUAUAAUGAUAUAAAUAAGUUAGUUUCAGCUAGAAAUUUGGGUUAG